AUGGGCUGUUACCUGAGCCGGUCUCGCUCUAGACUCCCGCCCCCAACUCUGCUGACAGAGGACCAGCGGGAGAGAUUGGAGCGCGCGCACAGGGCCCUUCGGGUUCUCCCAGCUGACCCGGUUCGCUCUACUGCUUUGCGCCAGGACAAGGCUCACCGCAGGCUGUCCUACAAGGAUCUUGUGGCCUUGCCUCGCCGUCGUCUGCACCGUCGGCGGAUUGUCAUUGUCCGUCGGCGGCAAUACCCAAUCCAGCGGGCUCGCUGUUUAUUUUGGGGGGUCUUUUCUUCGGUACCCUGGAGUGGACCUCAGAAGAAUCCAGGGCUCUCUGCUUGCGGCUCCAAGAUGUUCUGCACCUCAGUGAUCCUAAAGAUGGCAUCUGCCAAGGGCAAACUGACUCUCCGUUUGGCUCUGAAACAGACAGUCAUCUGCAUGUGGUCUUCGCUCACCGGCCACCUCCUAAACUCCUCUGUAAAUGAGACCCUGCUGAGGCCCCUUGAAGAGAGUGGUCAACUGAGAGCCCCGAAGGAGAAGGACUUAUCCCGCCAGGCUGCGAAUGAGAAAGUGCCAGUAACAGAAGGGCGCCCCCUGAGAGAUGGCCAGGAUGAGCAGAAUGGGGCUUCCGAAGGCAGUGGGAGUGCGCAGUCAGCAUUUAUGCGCCUGAUGGUCAAUGGGGUCCUCUCAUCCUUCGUGCCUAGGCCUGGGCCUCUGAAGAGAGACAUAGACAUCUGUUACAAGGGAUUAGAUGACAUCCUGAUGAAGAAACCCCAGACCCAUUUUUUGAGUUCAUGCAGCAAACGCAAUGCCAUCACCAGUUCUUAUAGCUCCACUCGAGGUUUUCUUCCACGGCAGAAAAGCCACACAGGCAUGACACUCUGGGGUCCACCUUCACCCCCUCCCCAGGAGCCUAUGAAGAAAGCAACUGAAGAAAGCAAUCAGUCUAACUCUUCAACCUCAGUUAAACCAGAAAGGCAGAUCAAACAAGAAAAGGCUGCAGACAUCGCUUCAGGGCAGAAUGAAUGCUUGAGAAAUUGCUCACUCCCCGCUGAUAUUUCUAGACCCCGGAAGCGCAAGAUUCCUCUGCUGCUGCCCUCAAGGCGAAAUGACCCGCUGAUCCUGCCCCUAUACCCCCAGCUCAGUUAUCCAAUCACUGCCGAAGACCUUGACUUAGAGAAGAAAGUCGCCAUCCAGUGGAUUAACAAGGUCUUGGAAGGGUAA